AUUGACCAAAGGAGCUUACGUCGGAAGAACUGAGUGCAGAAUAUAGACAACGAUAACAAGUUACACAUACAGCUGUAAUGAAUACUGCAGUGCACGAUGUUUUGAUAGUCGAUAUACGGAGACGGUCAUUCUUUUGAGAAUAAUCCAUCUUUUAUAUAAUGACAUUGAAUGUUAUGUACCAACUCAUUGUGCAAACGCAUGCUGCACUUUCCUGAAAACAUAUGUUUGUUUUAAUCAGCCACGUAUUAUAUGAAAGUUACAGUUUUGAACAAUCAACACAAUGCAAGUAGUGUGCUCUCUCUCUCUCUCUCUCUCUCUCUCUCUCUCUCUCUCUCUUAUUUUAUUCUAUUUCAUGAUUUUACUUUGAUUAGCGAUUUACGAACAUUUCAAUUCAGAAAUGGAUUUUGUUCCGAGAUACACAUACACACAAAGAUUACCUGGGGGCAACUUUCACGUUUAUAAUCAUGUAGCAUAUUUGUUCAUGCAUGGAUAAAUCUGCACCAAUGUCCAUGUGCACUAUCUGUGAUGUGUGUGUUUCUACUCCAUAGCUGACAACAUUGGACAGGGCGCUAUCACCCAAAGGAGAGAGAGAGAGGGGGAGUGCUGAUUUAUAAAGGGAAUGCUGAUCUGUGAUGGACGAGAUUUGAUUUGGCGAAUACCGGCGAGAAUAGCAACACUAACGGAUGGAGAACAGGGAGAGAUGUCACACACACGAGUAUUGUCGCAGGUGUUUGCAAAGUGAAGACACAUCAUGUUUCCAAUAGGAGAAAAUUAUACAACAGAGUGAAAAAAAAAAGAUUAUACCUGAUUUUAGAAAAUCAGCAACAAUUAUGAAGGACGAUCACGAUCCGAUAGUUUCCAAAACGGAGGAAAAUUGUCCGGAAAAUACCCAGGAAAAGAGUUCCUGUUGUGUAGUGGAACCCGACCUUCUACCUUUCAAGUUAUUUUACUUUUCCUUCUUUGGUGCACUGGGGGCAGUUUUUCCUUUCAUGUCGCUGUAUUUGAAACAGUUAGGAUUUAGUCCCAGAGAAAUAGGUAUUUUGGCUGGAGUGAGGCCCCUCUUAGGCUUCUGUAGCGGACCUUUAUGGGGAACUUGCGCUGACAGGUGGCGUAUGCGUAGAUGCCUCCUUGUCUUAAGUACCAUUGGCUGGAUGGCGUUCAUCAUGGGUAUAGGGUUUGUUACACCACCCCGUAUAACAGAGGAUAGAUGCCAGGAUAUCGGACUGAAUAUUUCUAUAGAUGGUAACAUAUCCGUAAGUAGGAACCGUGUGCUGACUAUUGACGAGGCUCUCCCUAGCAGUUACACCAGACUGCUGGAAAGUAGAGGCUGGAUGUUCGACUCCGAGGAUUUACAAAAAGUGUUCAACAUCGUCUUCGUGUUGGUGAUAUUAGGAGAACUGGUUCAGUCUCCGACUUCUUCACUAGCUGACUCGGGUUGCCUUGAACACCUCGGGAACAAGAAUUUGAAUAAGUAUGGCGUCCAAAGAAGUUGGGGAUCCCUGGGGUUUGGGGCAUUUUCCAUUUGUGCCGGAGGAGUGGUGGCUAUGGAGAGAACUAGUUUUGAGAUUUGUGGUAUCAGCAUUCACAGGAGCGACUACAGAAUCUGUUUUUACUUCUUUGCUGGCUGUAUGGUGUUCACGUUUAUAGCUGCACUUCUAUAUAGAUUCCCAAAACAAGAAGAGGAUAAAUCUAAUGGAAAGCCGAUUCCUGCAGUGAUGGGGACGUUUAAAUUAUUCUGUUCUGUCCAUUAUGCUUCUUGGCUGUUUGUAGCUUUCUUCAUGGGUGUGUCAAACGGUGUGAUAUGGGGUUUCCUGUACUGGCAUUUAGAAAACUUAGGUGCCACUCAAUUCCUGGUAGGCAUUGGAUCUGUCGUGAACUGUCUCUCGGAGGCUGUGAUGUUUUUUGGAGUAUUCCACGUUUUUAAAUAUGUAUCUUACUCCACCUUUAUGGCCCUGGGUUUACUUGGAUACGUCUGUAGGUUCUGUGUGUUUGCAUCUGUCACAAAUCCAUGGCUGGUUUUACCAGUGGAGAUCUUUCAAGGUUGUACAUACGCUGGAGUAUGGAGUGCCCUGACCGCAUACAUGUGCACUGUUAUACCACAAGAAAACCUAGCUACUAUGCAGGGCAUACUUCAUGGAGUUUACUGGGGUUUGGGGUCCGGAUGCGGAAGUUUAUUUGGAGGAAUCUUAAUCCAAAGGCUUGGUGCGCCUACGACAUUUUGGAUAUUUGCUGCUGCUUCUGGAGUUAAUUUAGUUAUUUUCGUCGUGGCUCAAAAGUUUACUAAAGCCAAACCCAUUGCAGAACCAUACGAGGAAAUCGUAAGUUACAAUCCCAAGAAGCAGAGUGAUGAAAUAUCCUACGAUAAAUUAUCGUAACAUUGAUACUAGUCUUGUCUAAGAAGAGGACAAAUCUAACUGUCGUUACGUAAACUGGUUAUGGAUACCGAAUACAAAAAUUGUCGUAUUUCUUUUUCAUUUUGAAGUUUGUUUAUUUCACUAGACGCAUUAUCUGGAUGGCUAGCACAAUUGACACUGUUUGCUAGACACGUACAGUUUAGUUCCUCUGUAUCUUUCAACCUAAAUGUUUAUUCCCAAUUGUUGUAUUCCCCCACCCCAUUACAAUGCGCAGUCCGACAUUCUGUCUCAUCGGACAAUCAAUUUUCUCCAGAGCAUGUCGAAAGGGACGGGUUUUAUUGUUCUGUUUUCCCACGGAUUCCACGGAAGCAUUUUUAGAAACUAAAUUGCGCACGCGUGCUACUUUAACUCGAGCAACCUUUUUAAAAAAAAUUUUUUAAAGACUUUCUUAAGAUGUAUGAAGAUAAUCAGAAAGUUGUUAAACAUUAUUUAAACUGAUGAUCUUGUUAUCCGGACUAUAAAUAUCGUGCGCCACUUCCCUUAAUAUACUUAAAAAAAAUAAAUGAUGCUGACUUGUUAAAAUGCUGAUUUCGUAAUUUGAUUUAUGAAUUAUUUAGUAAAGAUGUUGUUGCAGACUGUAACACGUUAGCAUAGUUAAACUGAAGGGGGGGGGGGGUUAGAAACAGAUUGCCAAUCCAUAACGAUCAGUUUUCAAUCAUCGGUGAUGUACAUCUUUCGUAUCAGUUUAAACGUAUCAUCUAUGAAUAUGAUAUUUUUUUUAGAAAUAAUCUUCGCCUCUGAAACUAUCGCUUAUAAUUAGUUUAACAUUGAAAUCUAUGCGAAAACCAUAUCUCAGAAGAAUCAUCUUUGGCGAGAGUUUCACAAAGAAAUGUGAGGAUCAGACAAAUAUACAUGCAGGUGUAAUUUACAAUUUGUUGUCAUGGUCAGAGAAAUCACGAAAAAAUAUCUGAAUGCAAAAAGUUCACAAUGUUAAACCCCAACAGUUCAUUGGUUCAUGAUAAGCUACAUGUAUAUAUAAUUUAUAUGUACUUUAGAUCCAUUGAUUGAUUGUAUCUUGUUUAACGUCCCUCUCGAUAAUUUUUCACUCAUAAGGAGACGUCUGUUUACUUCAUAAUUCUAUAACAAUAUUCGAAUUGGUUUGAAUACCCCUUAUUGUGUACUGGUUACUUUAAAUAGCAACUUCUGAAUACAAGCUUUUGUUUUACACCGCACAAUGGGCAAUUAACUUAUAUUAGAGAGUCACAAUCACUCGUGCCUAACUCUUUAAUUUUGAUAAAUCAGUCUUUUUUGUACAGUGUAUAAAACAAUAGUAAUUUACUUCCUCAGCAGCAGAACAUCCCACACAUUCAUAGUAUUUUUACCUGUUCAAGUCAAUUAAUUAAGGAGGUAUGCUACACCAUAGAAAUUUUAUAUCGAUGAAAAGUGGAGGAUAUACACAACAAUAUUUAAAAGUUGAAAACAUUCAGAUUUAUUUUAUUUAGUCAAAAAAUGCAGUUUUAGUAGAAAGUAACCCGGAAAAAACCCUUGCUAAACUCGAACCUAAUGAGAUACUCAGCCAGGCGGUGAUAAUUGAAAUGAAUAGACAAAUAUUGCUGAUAUGUAUAUUUUCAUCCAUGUUUUAAAAUGAAGUCAGCCAUUAUGACGAUGUAGAGUACCUCCUUAAGUCUGUAUUAUUUACAUUCACCAAUAUAUUUUAUCUAUACUAAUCCUGUUUAUGAUUCCUCAAGUGGGAUCUCACGCUUAUGUCACAAAGAGGCUUGAUUUGUAUGAAACGUUAUUGAGAGCAUAUUUACAAAUAUAUUUUCAUAAUGUCUAGGUUGUUGUAAUGCUUGUAUAGGGAAUAUAUAAUCAGUGAAAACUUAAUCGGUGUUUUGUGUGCUACAUACUUCACUUGUAUGUUUCUUUAUGAAUUUACAACAUAUCAGAAUUGUUUACAAAGCGGAAUAUAGUAUCAAGUAAAGCAGUCAUGAAAAAUAGUUUGCAACCAUGAAAAUCUUUUCUUAGACACGUGACUGGUUAUAUUUUCCCGACCUGGGAUUCCUGUGCAUUACAUAUCUUCAAGUUGGUUUUUUUGGUAUUAAAAUGUAUAUUGUUGUGUUUUAUAAUAAAAAGAUAAACAAAA